AGCUUACGGUUUUACGCUUCUAGUUCUCCAAAACGCUUUACGUUUUUACGCUUUUAAUUCACUAAAUGAGUAUUCUUUUCAUGAAAUUAAUUAUGAAAAGUAUAUUUUAAAAGUAAAUCACCAACAAUAUGAUACAUUUGAGAUUAAAAGUUACAUAUAAGGUACUUGGAUGCAUUCUCAACUUCGAUAGAGUAAUCUAAUUCACCCGUUAGGCUUUUCCCAAAUUCAUUAGCAUAGUGGGAAAAGUGGCUUAUUGUUAAAAUUUAUGUUUACAAACUUAUUAUUAAGAUGCUGUUGUAAAAUAGCAAGAAAGAGCAAUAGACAUAAGAGUAAGAGUAGAGACACAAGAAGAGUGGGGGAAUAGAGCUUUUUUAUUCAUGUAUUCCUUAGUACAAGGAGAUCAUCUAUUUAUAGGCACACAUCACAUAACCUCUACAUUCUUACAAUCAAUAUACAUGAAUGUGAGAAUAGAAAUGGGGUGGGGGGUUGCAUGUAACACCCAAUUGUGCAUCUAAUGUGUCAUAUGAAGAAAUAAAUAUAAGGAGAUGAGUUACAUAGAACUUGUAACAUACCAUGGAGCAUCUAAUGUUGGUCAUCCAUAAUGAUAAUAAUAUUUUCAUAACACUCCCCCUUGGAUGACCAUUAGACAUGAAUAUGCCUCGUUAAAACCUUACUAGGAAAAACCCUGUGGGAUAAAAUCCUAGUGAAGGAAAAAGAGUACAUAAUCAUCAUAAUACGCUAUUUGAAUCUGCCUCGUUAAAAACCUUACCAGGAAAACCCAGUGGGAAAAACCAUGGUUAAGGAAAAAAGAGUGCAGUGCGUAUAUGCUCCCCCUCAUGACAACAUCAAUAGUGAACAAAUCUUUCAAAUAUUGUCAUGGUAAGCUUCUUAGUGAACAAAUCUUCUAGAUUGCCACUUUAUGCAUGAUCCAUUAGGACCAUUUUCUUCAUACAUGAUCUUCAAGAUCAUUUUCUAUGAAUAUAAUCCGCAACCACAAGUCAUUUAGACGUGUUGAAUCACAAAUCUUAACCAAACAAUUCAUAACAAGUCUCAUGAAUUGUUGACCAUUGUUCAUGAUCAGAUGAUGUUGUUAUUGUGAUUUCUUUGGAAUCUCCAUGAGAUACUUGUACGGCCAUGAGUAAACAAAUUACUCAUCUAUGAUCCUCAUCGUUACCAAUAGGUAACAAAGUAUAACUUAAUGAAGUAUAGCAAUAUACAUUUUUGCUCUAACGACAUUGGCAUAUGGUACUUCAGGACCUUAAUAACUCGCUUCUAUCUUAAGGCCUAAAUUGAUCUUUGUUCACUUCUAGUGACCUUAUGAUCAUUUGGCUAUUGAACGUAUGCAAUUUUUUUCAUACAAAAUUGUUCUUUCACUUUUUCGACAUUGUCGUCUUGAUUCAAAAAGAAUCUUCUUAAAUCCUCCAUGUUCAAUUUUCUUUUAAGCAAACCAUGCUUUAUGAAGCUCUUCUGGAGUUCAUAUCAACUAAAACAUAUGAGAUCAUUAUAAAAUAAUGUCUCGACUCUUUUCUUCCAAAUAACUAUAAAACUUAGCUAACACAAUUGUAUGCAAACAAUUACUUCAUAACACAAGGUCACAAGCAAAAUGCACGUCAUACACACAACAUCACUUAACCAAACCACAUUCAUAAAUCAAACUCAUAACUAAAAUCACAAUAUCACGCACAUAAGCCUAUAUGUCAUUACACAAUCACACAUGCCAAAUGCAAAUGCUCUAAUGCACUUUAUUCGAAUUUAAUCACGCAAGGCUUAUUCGACCACUUCCUUUAGUAGAUAUUCACUUAGAUGAAUAUACCAUAUUCAUCCAUUUUAUCUCAAUCCAUACAAAGGAUUGUUUUAUCGAUCGAUAUUGUUCUCGAGAACUUCACAUGUUUGCUUCCGGCAAACUAAUCCUUCAAGGAGUUUCGUAUAAAUAUAAUUAUCAAGGGAUCCAUACAAAUAGGCUAUCACAAUAUCUACCAAAUGCAAAUUUCAUGCUUUUUGAACUGCCAAACUAUUUAAAUUGCACAACAUAGUUGCAUCCACCACAAGAGAGUAUGUCUCUUCAUAAUUGAUGUCAGGUUUCUACCAGAAACCUCUCAUGAGAAAUUGUAUUAUAUCUCUCGCAAUUUCCAUACGCAUUUGCACAAAACCUAUUUGUAUCCCGUUAGUUUUACAUCUUCAGGUGUAAGGACUUCUGGUCAAAAACUUAUACCAAAUAGCCUAAUGCCUCCUUUUAUAUUGGCCAAUAUAUAUUCUUUUGCAUGCAUCAAUAGACUUUUACUUUUGAUAAUCUUUGUAUCUAUCACGUUCAGUGCUACAGCAUAAUCAAAACCCUUGUCGACAAUAAAUACACUUCGGUUCCAACUUUUUUCAUACAAGCCAAUUAAUUGAGAUCUCUUCAUUUUAAAACAUUCAGGUACCUACUAUUCUUCUGGAACUAUUAUCUCAAUUUUAUGACUUGACUCUUCUAGAGCUAUUUUAUCCUCGAGUUUACCAUCUUAAUUUAUAGCUCCUUCCUUUCUCGAGGAUUUUUAUCCUUGGAACCGAUUGGUCUACCACGCUUCAUGCGCUCGUUUAGACUUAUUAGAUUAUCCAAUAUGGACAUCAAUUUGUAUUGGAGCAUUCACAACUGGGCAUGUGACAUAAUCACUCCUUUUAGUGAGUAAAAAAGCGUUUGGCAAUCAAUACUUUUUUUUUCUUCCAUGAAUCACCAUAUGAACUUCGGGUUCAUGUUUCUUCGUUUGAGGAUCAAAAUGCGAUAAUGAUGAUUCCAACUCAUAUCUAUGCCCAACUGUUUACUUUUCUCCCCCUUAACGUUCGAAAAGGAACUCAUCAAAAUGAUGAUGUUAGCAAAAAGAGUCAUGAACAAAUCUCUCAUUGCAAUGGACACCAUGUCCAAUAUAAGUUCUGAUGGAACUCAUAACGUGUUGUGGUGGAGCAAUUGGGAUGUAUUCUGCACACCCAAAUUUUCUAGCAUUUUAAAUGUUUGGUCCCUAACCAAAACCAUUUGUAUGAAAGGGGGGAACUUAUGAUAACUUGCUGGCUUCAUGCGAAUUAAUGAUAUCAUAUGCCUCGAUAAGAGAUCGAUAGACUUAGUUUCUUCUCAUAAGAGAAGUUCUGUUUGAUUGGAUAAUCAUCAAAAUAUAUCCAUCAUUCGGCAACUAAUCUAGCAAACAUCAGGUUGCGUUUAGAUAACAGACAUAUAUGACGAUAUAGUUUAUGAAUCAAUCAAAAUCAUAAAAUUCAUAUAUGAUUUGCACGGUGAGUGUAUUUUUCUGCAUACACUUUUAUAAAAUCUCAACAGAAUCAAUUAUUUUCAUGAGUAUAUUCUCCUCGAGACCAUGUAUCACAUAAUCAAUCCUUUGAUUGAUGAAUUCUAUGAACUCUCACUUAAUUUUCGUAUGAUAUCUCAAUCAUUUUCGCAUCUGUAUCCGGGAUCGUAUGACCGGACAUGCCAAAAUAAAAAGUUAGCCGAUCUUGCAAACUUCUGGUUUACACUUUCAUAUGUACUAAUAUACAUGUAGUACAAAUUUCUCUAGUUAAGUAUAUGUUCUCUUAUAACACAUUUCUGAUGCAAUAUCAAUUAUGAUAUUCUUUUCUGCGAAUAUCUUCAUAAUUCGGUAAUGCAUCUUCAACUGACAGUUUAGUUCAUUCACGUCUCAAAACAUUAGCUCUUCCGGAGCCUUCACAUACACGUGUACUACAUUUUGGCCAUGAGGCACCUUCUGAUUCGGUGAACUAUUGUAAGCGCAUAUACAUAGUGAUAAUAAUAUUUUCAUACUAUAGAUAUCACCAAUAUAUUGUCUAGUUACUUCAACUAACAAACCACAAUCUCUUCCGGAGCUUUUGCUUACUUCAUACUAUAUGAUAUAAUACCAAUAUUGACUUUUGCAAAUAUUCAUUCUAUACAAAAGCAUACAAAAUAAUAAUAAUAAUAAUAAUAAUAAUAAUAAUAAUAAUAAUAAUAAUAAUAAUAAUAAUAAUAAUAACAACAACAUAUAUGUGUUUCAUAACACAUUUCGGCAUACAAAGGUUAAAGUAUAUGAUCAUGACUUUUGCUACAUGAAUUGUCAUCCUCAUUUAUAAUUAUUUUAUCUUUCACUUCCGGUGAAAAGAUACAUUUGCUGAUUGUCAUUAUCCAAACACCAAAUUAUAUUAAUAUAAUGGUGUGUCUCGAUCCAUUCACUUUUAAGAAUGGUUUGUUUUCAUUCGCUUCCAGGAAUGAAACAACAGCCUUUGGAUCAAAUUAUAUAAUAUUUCUCAUCAUCACAAGUCCAAUACACUUUUCACCUUUAACAAACAAGAAAUAACGUAUGCUUUAUAAAACCUCUUCCAUAAUAUUGCUACUGCAGGAGCACAUAUAGAUUUUUCAUUUUCCUUCCAUUGAUUCUUGGACAAAGAAAACUUCUUUUCAUAUAUCGGGUUCAAGACCAAUGAUACAUUUUUCUUCAUUUUUCCACUUCGAGGAAAAUGAGAUCUUUAGACUUUCAUUUCUCUAUAUGUACAAUGUAGCAAUCGAUAAGUCAACCCAUAAUGAUUUUGCUACUACAAGAGCAAUUUUCAUUAUCUUGAUCGUGUUGUGAUCUUACUCAAGUAUAUGUGAUUAUGUAGAGAGACAAUAACCAACCAUUACUUUGGCAGAGCUCGUGCUGAUAACGUGUUGUAAAAUAGCAAGGAAGAGCAGUAGACAUAAGAGUAAGAGUAGAGACACAAGAAGAGUGGGGGAAUAGAGCUUUCUUAUUCAUGUAUUCCUUAGUACAAGGAGAUCAUCUAUUUAUAGGCACACAUCACAUAACCUCUACAUUCUUACAAUCAAUAUACGUGAAUGUGAGAAUGAAUGUGAAAUAGAAAUGGGGUGGGGGGUUACAUGUAACACCCAAUUGUGCAUCUAAUGUGUCAUAUGAAGAAAUAAAUAUAAGGAGAUGAGUUACAUAGAACUUGUAACAUACCAUGGAGCAUCUAAUGUUGGUCAUCCAUAAUGAUAAUAAUAUUUUCAUAACAUAUGCUAUAAUUUGUUCUACUUUAGGCAUGAAUCGCAUGUAUUUAUUGACUUAUCUAAAUUUUGUGCAUUCAUAUUUUGCAUAGCAUAUGUCCUAAUUAAUACAUUUUUAGUUAUUUUUCAGUAUGCGUCAAAAACUUACGCUUUUACGCUUUGAUUCUACGUUUACGAUUUUACCCCUUUUCCGCUUCUAGGUAAAAUCACGCUUUUAACUGCAUUGAUGUCAAGAUACUCUCCAAAAUAGGUUUAUACAAGAAUUUUCUAUGGUUAAUCAUAAGAUGCAUAUUAGUUAGGAUUUAGAAGCCGUAUUAUUAAAGUCGGACUGAGCUGGCCGGUUCGAUCGAUAGAAUCGAUUACCGAACCCUAGUCUAGUCAAGGUUAUACUUGUGAUCGCUUAUUGAGAGCUAGUUUGAUGAAUUUGAGUAGUUAAUAUAACAAACUGUUUAGACCACUUAGUCGGUUUGACGGGUUCAAGCCUGUCCCCAAUAUUUGUUAUAUUUAAAAUUUUGGAGUGACAAUUUGAACACACUAACAUCUUCUUCAAUUGUUUACCAACUGUACUACAAGCUUCACAGUGAAGAUAUUAUGACCAUUUAAUAUAUAAAACAUUGAACUCUAUACUAAUUCUUUAUAAAGAAAUUAACAUUUCCAAAUACUUAGUAACAAUUUUGUUGCCUUGCAUUUUUCAUAACAAUUGUAGUUCCUUUCGAAAUUUCGAGAUUGAAUUAUUAUGGUUAUUGUGUCAUUCUUGUAUGGAUACCUAAUGUUUCCUUGAUGUAAGGUAUAGGUUUGUUGACGGUUUUAUACUAAAUAACCAGUGAAAUGUGAACCACUCAUUACAGCGGUUAAUCCUUGGGUUCGGGUAUGAAAACAUUGCUUAGAAAGUUGAUAGUGUCCUACGAUUAACAAUAUUUGCUUGCUGUGUUAUUUAAAAUUUGUAGGGCAACAUGAUUGUUACGGGGUCGGAUGUGAUUCUAUUAUAGAUGCUUAGUAUAUGAAAAGAAAGAGAACACAAUAUACAAGGUUCUUGUACUCAUUUUGUAGACAUUUUUCUAUUUGAAAUGACAACCAUAACUAUGAAUUUCAUUUAAAACUUUGAGUUCUCAAGUCUACUAAGAAUAUUGAGUUAUUAAAAAGAGAAUUUUUUGUGCCAGUCUGUCCCGGUAAACAUAAAAUUUGUCCUAAUUUAGCUAACAAAUACACAAAAAUAUUUCCAAUCAAGCGACGAAAAAUAUAAAACUCGUAUCUGUUUGAUUGGCAUUACCAUUUUUGUAUUAGAUAUGGCAAAAUUCCUUUUUUCUAAAUCUUAUAGAUAACAAAUGUAUAAUCACACCAGACAUCUCGAACAUAAGACCAUAUUAUAUAUUUAAGAAUUUAUAUAUACAAUAUAAUAUAGAUAUUCGACAAAAAAUAUAUUAUCCAUAAUAUUAAGGUAAUAUAUAUUUUUUAUAUUUGUCAAGUAAAUCUAUAUCAUAAUUAUUUUUCUAAUUUGGUAAAAAAGAUAAGCAAGUACAUGAAUUAUUCCCAAUAACAUUUUUCCAUGUAGUGUGGGAAAAAUUCAAUAAGGCAAUUACAUUAAUUUUCAAUAAGAAUUAUCCCAUUUAGUGUGAGAAAAAAAUAAAUAAGGCAGUAAAAUUAAUUUUUAAUUAUAAAAAUUAUUCCAUUUAGUGAUGGAAAACUCAUUAUCAUACCCAAUUUAUAUUAUUUUACUCAAUUCACUACACUUUCAGUCCAGUAUAAAUAAGUAUCAAACAUAUCCGACGAAAUCAACAAUAUCCUUUCUGUCUCCAUAUACCAUCUAACCUUCUAUCCCCACCAAUUUCCUUUUGCUUUCCAACUGUUUCAAAUGGCAGACAAUAACAACAACAUCGUUGCCAAGAAAACAAAAGGGAAGCAAAAAAUCGAGAUGAAAAAAAUCGAAAAAGAAUCAGACAUGAUAAUCACAUUUUCCAAACGAAAGUCAGGAAUCUUUAAGAAAGUACAUGAACUUAUCACAUUAACUGGCAAUAAGGUGGGAUUUUUGGUGUUUUCUCCUGCAGGAAAACCCUUCAGUUUUGGUCAUCCAUCAUUCAAUGAUCUUGUACUCCGAUACCUGGGCCAACAAACGGAACCACAAUUACAAUCCUACAAUGGAGAGAUGUUUAUGCAAGCGAGGAUCCAGGAGCUGAACGAGACACAUAACUCGCUACUCGACUUGAUGGAAGAGCAAAACCAGAAAGAAGCGACGUUCAGGCGGAAUCUUGAGGGUAAGCCACUAAAUAACUGGUGGAACAAAGUUGUUGAAGAGAUACAGGUGGGCGAACUUUCGGAUCUCGAAUUUGCCUACUCAGAUCUGUUGGCGAGGGUGGAGAAGAGGAGAAUGGAAAUAGUGAGUCUUGGAAAUUAUAUGACUAGUCUUAAUGUCAAUAUGAAUGGUUGUUUCAAUACUUCCUCUACUUUUGCUAUGCACCCUUACCAUCAACUAGUGAACAUGGGAUCGAUAGCAACGUCGGCUGCUCAGAGGGUGGAUCAACGACUCACAAUGAUGCCAACGAUGAUGACAACAACGUCUAACUAUUCGAUAGUUAGUCAUAUGGAUGGUGGAAUCAAUAAUGCACUAGAUCAUCCAUCAUCCUCAUUAGAAGUUCUUCAUUCCAAUGUAUUUGGCUAUGGUCCCAAACCGCUUUAGAGAUGUUUAGCAUUUAGUUUUGUAUGUUUUUUCUUUUGAUUUAAGACAAAGAACAAUAAAAGAAUUCACUAUGAUUUAUAUUUUGUUAGAAAGAACACAGCUCUUAAUAAACUAGUCCUAUUUGAUCUUACGAACCCUACAUCGAACUCUUAGAGAUCCACAAAAAAUCGGACUUGAAGCUCUUGCCUUGCCCAACAUCUUUUACUGACUUAGUUUUGAGGGAAGUGUUAAGCAAGUUGAAUGAAAUGUUCCAUGGGUAAUUAGUUUUUAGGCCUCUUUUCUAUAGAAUGAAACUAUGGAUUCACAAUUCUCCAUCCACAAAAUUUUGAAUUCCCUAGUUUCCUCUGUGAUGGUUGAUUAGAGAGAGCAAGGGCGCAGGACGACAAAAUAGGGAGAAUUUUUUCAAUCUGUUUUAUAAAGUAAAUGUUCAUUAAGUUAAAAUCUUCCGGUGCAAACAAAACAAACCGGUAUAACUUAGCCAUAUUGACAUCUAUGUCCAUAAUAUGUUGGCACCGUCACAAUUCAAAUCAUGUUAAACUGAUCAAUUAAAAUCUCAAGUCACACAUGUUUGAAUUUCUUGCUGUAAGAUCAUUUCGAAAAACUCGUAACCGUACAAUAAAUGCCAGCAUUGCAA